CUAAAUUAAAAACGGGAAUUAAUUUUUAAAUGUCACAAAAAUAUGACGUCUUCCGACCAAUAUACAACUCUACAUUUGCGCGCAUCGAAGGCGCUACCAUCAAACAUCUACCGAAAAGCCAAUACUUACACCCAGUUCCCUAUUUUACUAACCGCAUUACUAACUUUGUACAAAUAUCGAUUGAGAUGCGCGCGCAUAUUCUACGUUCUUUACUCAUAAGUUGUUCGCGCGCCUGACCGAUCGCUUGUGUAGCGAAAACUGCCAAAAACGGCUUUGAUUCAAAAAAAAGUAAUCACCGAUUUCGAACGCACCCCUCCUAUCGCUGGGCCGUUGCCCAGUGCUAAUUUAAAAAGUUAAAAAAAGAAAAAUGCACGCGCUCCCGUAAUUUUUCUUACGCUCGGAUUUCUCGCGCGAUUUAGAAGUAAUAAAAGGGCGGGUCAACAAUUUUUUGUACUAAAAAGUCGAAUAAAACUAUUACAACGGCUACCUUAAGGAUUUUUAUUGAGCAUCAAAUGCAUCCGGCGUUCGCUGUGAAUGCUAAACAACAUAAGUUAGGAUCGACAGAGUCGGAGGACCAGUUUAAGUGUGACGUGCCUAUUUCGUUACCCGCGCCGCCGGACAUCGCGCCAUGUCUUUGCCGAGAGAGUUCAUCUUUAACCAGGAGCUGUCCAAGCUGGACCCCCAAAUCCUGGGCACCUCGGCGCCCCCGACGACCGUCGCUCCUCUCUCCUGCUCCAUCGACCUGCCCACUGAUGCUAUCGAGGCAACCCUGUCCCCGGACAAGUCAGGAUCGCUGCUGUCGGUACAGUCGGCGCCGCCUGAGCAGAGGGAGCGGCCCCACAGCCUCAUGCUCGAGCUGCCGUUAGCCACUCAAGUGGGCGCAUACCUAUCCGCCAUGUCCCCCACCGAGCAGGAGGAGGACUCCCUGCUGACGCUCUCGUCGGUCACGGCGCGGCCGCUGCUCGCCGCGUCCAAGAAGCUGCGCUCCGAUACCACUAGCGAGUCCACGUCUCCCCCGGACGGUGGCUACGGCUGGGUGGUGGUGUUCGGCGCCUUCAUGGUGCAGUUCUGGGUGGCCGGACUCUUCAAGUCCUACGGCGUGCUGUACGUGGAGAUCAUGGAGACCUUCCCGGACAGCUCCGAGUCCGUGGCCUCCUGGAUACCGGCGGCCCUGUCCACCUUGUGUCUCGCUCUAGCUCCGUUGUCAUCAGCUCUUUGCGAGAAGUACUCCUGCCGUCUGGUGGUCUUCAUCGGGGGUCUGUUCUGUGGGACCGGUCUAGCGCUUUCCUACUUCAGCACCGGCCUGCUGCAUCUGCUGUUCAGCUUCGGGGUCCUGACUGGAAUCGGCGGCGGUCUCUCCACUACGCCGGGGAUCGUCAUCGUUUCACAAUAUUUUGACAAGCACAGAGCGCUAGCAAACGGUAUAUGCGUGAGCGGGACGGCCGCCGGCAGUUUCGUGUUUCCUAUGCUUAUAGAGAAGCUAGUUGGCAUGUAUGGACUGCAUGGGACUGUGUUGCUGUUAGGUGGUGGAAUGUUGCACGUCUGUGUGUCGGCGACGCUAUACCGCGACCCCCCCUGCGUGAGAGAACGAGCCACCCCCACCACUACCACUACGGAAAACACUACGCUACUCACCGAUAUACAGGAAGGUUAGGUUUUUGUAAAUAACAUAAAUAAUAUACUUGCAGGUAAAACGGAACCCAAGGACAAUCGCCUCCAAGCCCUUUUUCAGCCCGACGCGGAGAACCACAAAAACGCGCUGCUCACUGAGGAGGCGAAACGGAACGAUCUUCUGGCGGAGAUCAUGCAUCCCAGGCUCAUUGAGGUGACCCGUCAGAACAACCUGCAAAUGUCUGAUUCUGAAGAUUCCGAAGGAAUGGAUGUGUUGGGCGUUGUCGGUGUACCGCGGGAAGUGGCGCGUCUCCGCCUGCGCCCCACCCGCUCGUCCUCCAUCCUGCACUCCGUGGAGGACCUCUCCACCGACAGCACCUGCGUCUACAAGCGACGCAAGCUCAGCAGAUCCCUAUACAUCAAGCCCCCGCUGCCCCGCCUGAUCCCUAAGCUGCCGGAACCCAUAAUCAUCAAGUCAGACCCUGAGGACCAGAAGGUGGUCGUCAAGAAGAAAACUUGCGUUGAGAAGAUCUCCAGAUACCUGGACGUGUCUCUGCUGAAGUCCUGGCGCUUCGGUCUCCUGUGCGCGUCGGUAGCCCUCAUGUCGUGUGGGUCGCCCUACGCGCUGUACUACUUGCCCGCCUACACCGUGUCCGCUGGACACAGCAAGUCCGCUGCCGGUCGACUGGUGGCGAUCAGUGCGGUUCUGGACCUCUGCGGGCGGUUGGGACUGGGCUGGCUCUGUGACUUGCAGCUUUUCUGCCGAAGAAAGGCCUACAUACUCAGCAUCCUGAUCGCUGGAAUCUCAGUUCUAACGCUGCCGAGUCUGACUUCGUGGUGGGCUCUGGCUGUGGCAUCAGGCGCAUACGGCCUAUGCCUCGGCUGCUGGUUCCUGCUGGUGCCAGUGUUGCUCGCCGACACAUUCGGCACGGCACGCAUCGCCUCCUCCUACGGGCUCGUUAGAAUGUUCCAGAGUCUAGCUGCGAUCUCUGUACCACCUACGGCAGGUCUAGUUCGCGACGUAACCGGCGGCUACUCGUGGUGCUUCUACGGCAUGGGCUCGUGCAUGGUCCUGGGUUCGAUCCCCGUCGUGGCCUUCCAUCUGUGCACCAGGAACGAGGACGCGGAGUCGGGAGUAGAUUGA